AUGGUUAGAUUUGAAGUCGACAGAGUAUUAGAGUCAAAAAUUGAAGACUUAACUUUACUAUUAGAAGACCAAAGAGAUGAAUUAAACCUUUUUACUAAACAAACUAAUGAAAAAAUUGAAAGAACUAAUGAAAAAAUUGAAAGAACUAAUGAAAAAAUUGAAGGUUUAGAAAAAAAUUGUGCGAAUCUAUUGACUGCAUUUCGAGAAAUCAGAGAUCAUCUUGAAAAUAAUCAUUUAAUAAAUGAAGAAAGAAAUAAUCAAGAUGUUGAAGAACUUAAUUCUGAAUUAAGUAAAAUUAGAAAUGAUGUUAAAAAACAUGAUUAUAAAACAACUAAAAUUAAAAGUGAUGUUAAAAAACAUACUUUUAAUAUAAGUAAAAUUAAAAAUGAUAUUAAGAAAAUUAAAAAUAAAAUGAAUUCUAAACCAAAAAAAUCAAUCACAGAAUUUAUUGAAAAUGAAGAAUGUGAUGAAUGUGAAGAAAGUGAAGUCACUGAAGAAAGUACACAUUUAGAAUCUUCAAAUCAAAAACCUAAAUUCUUUUUUCCUAAAUAUUUUGGUUCGAGUACUUUUGAAAAAUCUACAAAAUAA